GAACACAAAUACUAAACAAAUUAGAUGAAUCAUAACUAUUUCAAAACAUUUCUACUAUUCAAACUUAAAUGAAGUGAAAGUAAGAUCCUUAAAGGUUAGACCAAAACUUAUAUUAAAUUUCGUACAAUACUUAGCUUAUUUCAUGCUACUAAAGAUAGAGAAAGGAGGUACACCAAACAUACUAACACUAUCUCUACGACACAUGAACUAAGAAAAUACACGUGCUAGUCAUUUUGCUAUUGGACAAGUCAGUAGAAGAAGUAGAAGGUUCGAUGCUCUCAAAUAUACCUCAAAACUAUUCAAAAUAAACACGAUGAAAAACUACAAGUGGGAAAAGAAAGUGCAAUAUGAAACUGAAAAUAGAGAAAAGAAAGUGCAAUAUAAAAUGAAAUGCAAGUAGAUAAAGCAAAAUAAAUAAAUAUACAGAAGGACAAGGAAAAAGACUCGACUUGACUCAGGUUGUGCAAACAUAACACCCCCCAGACUUAAACUUUUCAACGUCCCGAUGAAAUCAAAACGGUGGCGGGGGAGGGGGAUAAGGGGGUCCCCGUCGUGUGUCGGAGGGAAAUCUAGGCAUAUCAGGGAGAUGGCCAAUGUGCUGGUGAUAUUGGUAAAGAGCGUCUACUUGUUGUCUAGUAAUAUCCAUAUCAUCCAUGAAAUUCCUCAUUCUUUCCUAGUCAACCUCAUAAUCUUGAACAAAUCCUGUCAUUUGGCUAUGAAAGUCUCUAGUAAACUGAAAAUGGUCCUGUACCUCCCUAUACUGGUCGUCAGACAACUUGAAGCGACCCUCCAACAAUUGUUGUUGGGUAGCGUGCUUCUCAUGAAGCGAGUUUAAGGAGGCACGGAAAUCAGAAAAAUCAAAUCUUGAAGGUCCCGUACCAUAGACAAAAGAGUACCUAACAGGUUCCAGAUAUCCAGAGGGUUGCGGGAGUCUUGAUGACGAGGGCUCUUGGUGGUGCUUGGUAUCUCCUACAAGGGAGGGAACAAACUCGGGUUUUGAAUCAAUGAUCACCUAGUUCGCUGGGUUGCGAACUGAAGUGCGCUCGGGACAAGGAAGGGGUAAUGGAAAAUCAUCGUUCCUAGGAAAAGCAAACCCAUUUUCAUCGCGACAGAUCAUCUUCAUUGCAAGACAAGAGUCGAUAUCGAUUUUAUCAUUACCAUGAACGAUCUCCAGCCCAUCAAGCUCACAACCCAGAUUUAUUGCUAUUUGGGUGAUUAAACCACCAAACAUUAUCAUCCCCGAAGAUACUUUACCUGCUCUCAACAAGUUUUGUAAGAAAUGAAACCCAGAAUCAAAGUCGACUUUAUUUAGCAUCGCUCAAAGAGAAUAAAGCUCCACCUUCCUAACCACCUCAUCACUCUCACCUCGACCAAAGAUUGUUUUGCUUAUCACACGGUGAAGGUAUCUAAAAGUAGGGUUUUGCAUGCGUGAUGCCUUUGCUCUAGAGGGUUCAUAAGGGUUCUUUGAUCCCGUGAUUGAAGCCCAAAAUCCAUUCCAGUCUAUAGUACCAUCAAAUCCACGGGCACCUCCAGUAGGUAAACCAAAACAAAUAUUAAAAUCACUAAACUUCCACCGAAUUUCUUUGUUCAUCAACCUAAAAGUUAUGACCCCAAUGUAGUCAUCCUCAGAGAAAAAUUUAACAUCAAUUGAUCUUAAAAAUUCCAGGACUAGGCAGGGGUAAGUCGGUAGACGUGUGUACAUCAUGUCAUGCCAAUCAAAGGAGCUAAUCAUCCAAUCUACAUCAUUCCUAAUUCCUAACAUAUCCAUGGUGGUUGGAUCCAUAUAUCUAGUGCACACAAUUUUCCUAGCAACAAGAAUAUCAUAUCUAGCUUUAUGUUCUUGAUUUCUAAAAACAAUAUUAAAUUCGUUGUCGUUACCUUCGUCGCGUGCUACCCUUUUGUCUUUGCCUUUGGAUGAAGAAGUCUUUCCCUUGCCUUUGUCUCCUCCCGGUGCAUCUCCUUCGCCAGCUCCACCGCUUCCUUUUCGGAGUCUCUUCAGAAUUUGAGACAUGAUAUGCAAGGCGAAUUUGAGGACUUUCUUAUGGGUGGAUGUGGAUCUUGAAGAUAGAGGAGGGGAAAGAAGAAGAAUAGGGGAAUUGUUCCUCUCUUUUCGGAUUUGGGGCUUGAAGAAAACUUAGAUCUAGAUCUAGAUCUUAGUAAAGAUGAGUCUUAGAUGUAGGUAAUGAAGGUUGAUGAGGUGUAGUGGGGAAGAAAAGGUAAAGACACGGCCUGGUUGAUGGGGUCGCCGCACAACCGUGCCUGUUGGCACGACCCCUUCUUUCCUCCUCUCGACCGAGAUCGCACGGCCGUGUCAACCGACACGACCUGUGCACUCUUCUCCUCGGGUAGCUUUGCACGGCCGUGCCAGAUCCCCACGGCCGUGUAUUGUUCCUUCUCUGCAAAGGCCACACGGCCGUGUGGGUUCACACGGCUUGUGUCAUUUCCUCCUCUGUCAGCUUCGCAUGGCCGUGUAGAUUCACACGGCCAACUCCCUUACGCGCGUAGUGUCUCGCUCUCAUCCUUUUUGACCCCUCCGAUGCUGCCACGCCCAUGAAACGAUCACGACCAACUCGUGGAGGCUAAUGCACAUCCUGAAAACAAAGAUCCAAGAAUAAAAAUACUUGAUUGAACUAAAAUAGAACGACAGGUGGAUAACGAAUUAAAACGAAACCCUUGGGUUGCCUCCCAAGAAGCGCUUGUUUUAGCUCGACCUCGUAUCAGUUAAUGUGGACUAAACCCAUCGAAGCACGACUCUCCUCCUAGGGUUAAUGCUCCAGUUUGCGCCUUCAGUUUCACUUGUGCAGGACAAAUAUACUUUUUAUUGCUUGUUGGGGGCGACCUCUCAAGUUUUGCCGAAUCAUGCAUCAUGUCCGACGACCUUCCAUGGAAACUGCAUUUCUCAGCUUUGUGUAUAUUCAACUUGCUGGCAUUUCCCUGAAAAGAAGAGAUGCAAUUAGGUAAAUCAGAUAAAUCGAAUUCUAACCUUUCUUUACCGAUCUCCAGGGAUAUCUUGUGACGUUUCACAUUGAUGAGGGCUCUAGCGGUGGCAAGGAAUGGUCUUCCUAGGAUGAUUGAGAUCUUGGGAUCCUUCUCUAUAUCCAGGAUAACAAAAUCUACAGGAACGAUGCAUCCACCUAUCUCUACUGGCACGCCCUCCACUAUACCCAUUGGGUAUCUACAUGAAUGGUCAGCCAAUUGUAGUGUUAUAGUAGUAAGUUUGAUGUUCUAGAGUCCUAGUUUCUUGCAUAACGAGUAUGGAAGUAGGCUGACACUCGCUCCCAAGUCGCAGAAAGCCUUGUGUAUAAGCUCAGAGCCAAUCUUACACGGUAUAAAAAAACUUCCUGGAUCCUAGAGCUUCGGGGGAGUGUUUGCCGUGAGAAGAGCGCUGCACUUUUCUGUCAAUGUUAUAGUCUCGAAGUCGCUAUGCUGUCUUCUGUUAGAAAGAAUACUUUUUAAUAAUUUGGCGAACUUCGGCAUUUGGUGCAGUGCGUCUAUUAGAGGUACUUCAAUGCAGAUUUCUUUAAUCUUCUUAAGGAAUUGGUGGAACUCUUCAUCUUUUUGGGAUGUUAUUAGCUUUUGAGGGAAAAAAAUCGCCUGACUUUGUGGGGGAAGUGGAAGAGUCCCUUCAACCUUCUUGGUAAUCUCCUCCCUAUCCUUGUUCUGGAUUAAAUUAGGUAUGAGAGGAGAGAGCUCAUCUUCUGAAUCAAUUCCUUUCCGAGCACUCAUUUGGGGAUCUCCCAAAAUCCGUCCGCUCCUCAGCUCAAUGCGGUCACAAUGUUCCACCGGGUUUAUGUUGGGCUUUCCCGGAAAUGCUCCCGGUGCUCUUGAAAAGGACUGGACUAUCUGAGCGAUUUGGCUAUCUUGCAUCUUUUGAUGCUUUUUAGAAUUCUCUAUUCUUUGAUUCAAUUGCUUGAUUUCAUUCUUCAUCUCCUUUUGCUCCAAGAGAGCUUCUUCAAGCAUCUUUUCAAUUCUGGACAGUUGUGAAAGUUGAUGUUGUUGAUAAGUCUGGUCCAGAUUGGUGGUUUUGUUGCCUAGGUUGGUAGCUUGGCUUUGCUGGUUCUUGAUCUUGAUUUCCCCGGUAAGAAAAAUUUAGGUGGUUUCUCCACCCAAGGUUGUAUGUGUUGGAGUAGGGAUUGUUUUGCCUUUGGUUAUAACCGACUAUUGCAUCGCAUUGUUCAAGUUGAUGUAUUUGCCCUUGUAUUAGCCCUAGGGGGCAAGUAUCUUGAGCAUGAUCCAAACUUCCACAAGUUUCGCGCACAUACACUAUUGCAUUAGCUGUGUUGUUCCCCAUGGUCUCAAGCUUCUUAGUCAGAGCAUCUAACCUUGCGGACAUGAGCGUGACUGCAUCUAUGUCAAAUUUUCCUGAUGCCUUUAUUGGAUUCCCAGAAAAGAAACCUCCAGAUCUUUCGGUUGCCCACUAAUGAUGCUUUUGGGCCACAUUCUCUAUUAUGUCUUCAGCUUCACCAAGACUCUUGUUCAUCAACGCCCCUCCUGUUGCAGAAUCGAGGGACACCUUCGUGUGAUAAUUGAUUCCAUUGUAGAACGUGUGUAGCACCAACCACUUCUCGAGGUCAUGAUGGGGGCACUGUCUCAACAUACUCUUGAAUCUGUCCCAUGCUUCGAAUAAUGAUUCUGAGUUUGUCUGUUUGAAGCUUGCAAUUAAAUUCCUCAUGUGUGCAGUUUUUACUUGGCGGGUAAAAUUUGUCCAGAAAUUUCUGCUCACACUUCUCCUAAGAUGUAAUGCUGUUUGCUGGUAAAGAAUUAAGUCACUGCUUGGCUCUAUCUUUCAGGGAAAAUCCAAAAAGAAGUAACCUUACUGUUUCUAGAGGGACCCCGUUCACUUUCAUAGUACUACAGAUCUCAUUGAAAAGCUCCAAGUGAUGAUUGGGAUCAUCGUGCGGUCUUCCUCCAAAUUGAUUUUGCUGAACCAUGUGGAUCACUGCAGACUUGACUUCAAAAUUGUUAGCUUCAAUUGGUGGUCGGGUGAUGCUAGACCGAAGCCCUCGUGCAUAAGCGGCUUCAUUUUCCUAUGUAUCUUUCCUCAUCUGGCAUUCCAGAUACCACUUCAAUUCAAUUAAAUGAAGCAAAUCAAGAUGGAAAGGAAAAAAUUUUAGUGCCAGUGUGGGAAGCUAACCCAGAAAUUGCAGUUAUACAAGGUGGAUCCAGUGGCCAGCCUCAAGCUGAGACUGGAGAAGCAGGGCAAAAUGUGUCACGGGUUGGCUGCACACUUGGUAUGCCUGAGAAUAUAAUUGGAAUACCAUUCAGCAAAAGUGACCAGGAAUAUUUGCCGGGAUGGAAGGGGAUUCGGGAGGUUCACAAGCUCGGGAAGGAUGAUGCACAUGAUACAGUCGAACUUUGUGUAGCUGCCUCAGAAGCAAUGGCAAUCUCAGAUGCCAUUAGCAGUGGUCCAUUUGAAAAUUUAACUGCUACAACUGUACUAGAAAUAGUUCUUCGUAUGAAAGAAAUGCGAAAAGCUUGUGACUUAGUUGUCGAGACUUGUCCAGCAUCAGUUGAUGAAGUUGAUGAGCUUGAUAACUUAUUUGAUAUUGAUGAACAAAUUAUGGAAUAUGCAUAUAAUGAUGUAGGCAUUUCUAUUGCUCACAUAGCUGAAUCUCCUAGGAAUAUGUGUAGUGUAAGAGAUUCUUCUCUGAAUAUAAGUGAUUCAAUUAUUGAAAGACACCAUCUGCAACCCAAUUCCUUGAGUGACACAAAUACAUACGUCUCAGAAACACUUUUUCAGUGUAUUAGAAAAGCAGAAAAACAGGAAUUUGAGGAUCAAGAGCCUGAUAAAAAUGAUAUAACAGUAAAAAAAUAUGAUUAUUCUGCUGCUGAUCCAAACACAUCUUCAGUAGUUUCAACGACAAAAAAAACAAGGUGCCUCCAAUCAUCUGGCCUGGCAGAUCAGCAUGGCCAGUCUAUAACUCAAAAACAAGUAGACAAGAAUCUAGAUGAUACGGCUAAAAAUAGGAAAGGUUCAGAGCAUGGGGAGAUUCUUCUGGAUGGUAACUUCUCCAGGAAAGUCAAAGCAUUUUCAAGAAAACACAUGAAAAAAUCACUUAAUUGGGAGACCAGCUACAUUUCUGAAUCAGAAGAUGGUAUGGAUGAGAACCAACAGGAACAGAUGGAGCAACUGAGAAAUGAGAUAAUUUCAUCUUCAAGCACGCCACUUCAAGUAUCUACUUCUGUUUGCAAAGGAAAAGUGCAUGAUUGGGAAGGAAUUAUCUCUUCACAUGAUCUAGUGCAGUCAUCCCACUUAUCAUUAGUGGAUCCAUUUAGUUCCUUUGUUCCGUGCAGUAUUGUAUCAAAUGAUGUUUCAAAACUUGAUGAUUGCAAUAAAGAAAUUGUUGGAGGGGAUAGUACAUCAUCUAAAGAAAGGUUCACUGGUGAAAUAUCUUCUAGUGGAAGGGUCACACUAUCACACUGUAAAGAGACUUUUCUGUCUUAUCAUUUAUCAGAGGAUGAAGAAUGUGAUCUUCCCAAGUUUAGUUUUUCCAACAAAAGAGUUUGCAAGCCACACAACAUUCUUAUGCCGUGCUUGACCUCUCCAAAGAAUAACAUAUUACCUAAUAAACAAAUUCAAUUGCAUACAGUUUCUGGAAAAAAAUCAGAGUUACCUUUUGCUGAACGAGAUGGACCAAGGCAUAGUUAUAUUAUUGGAAGUAAGGAUCAGCAAGAUCUUAGACUCUCUCCUGUACUAGAGACUGAAUUUGAUAAGUUGGCAGCCAAUGAUAAGAAUGAGAAAGUAUUUGUUGAUAUUAAGAAACGUCGCUAUCAAGCUUGUCCAAAUGAUGAUGAUAAAAGUGACAAGAGAUGUUCAUUAUUGGAAAUGACCAAACAUCAAAGUUCUGCUAAGCGAGUUCAUUUUCUGGAUGCAAUAUGUAUGGACCAGAGUCAUGACUUAGAUCACAAAAUCAAUACCAGAUCCAAAUUGACUAACAAGUUUGAAGCUAGCAAGAAGAAUCACAAAAGUGGCACAAGUUGCAUAAGAGUUCCGAAAGAAAGAAUAUUGCAUGGGCUAGAAUUUUUAUUGACUGGAUUUCCUACUGAAAAGGAAAAAGAACUUGAGGCUUUGAUCUUUCUACAUGGAGGUUAUACUCUGGGAAAUGUACCAAGGGAAACACUAAGUUUAAGAAGAAAGUUGAAAGAGGACUUUAUAAUCAGGAUGCCUCCCAUUAUUCUCUCUCCAAAGAAGGUGAAAACAACAAAAUUUUUGUAUGGAUGCGCUAUCAAUACUUGGACCCUAGAAUCUAAAUGGCUUUUUGAUUCAGUUCAUUCUGGCUUCAUAUUGCCACCUUGGAAGUAUAUGACUCGACCCAUUCAAAUCACUCCAAGACAACUGAGGGUCAAAGAUCUCUGCAUCAAAAACAACUUCUUCAUCUUUAAGCAGCUGCAUGUAAUGCUUGAUGGAAAACUCAAUUUCUGCAGUAAAUUUUCCAGAAUCAUAAAGCAUGGUGGUGGUCGAGUAUUCAGCACUUUAUGCCAACUUACUGAAAGUUUAAAGGAUAAAGAAAAUACAAUAGGAGUUGUACUUGUCGAGAAUGGAGCUGGUGUUUCCCGUCAUCUAAAGCACUGUCUGUCUGAGUAUGAAAUAAAUGUAGUGCCAGUAAGCUGGAUCAUAAACUGCUUGUUUUCUGGUAAGCUGCUUCCUCUCAAGAAGCAUCACCAUGCUCCAUUCCAAAGAAUUAAAGUGCCAAAGUGCCCCGUGGACAUGAGCCAAGAGAUAUACCGUACAAAUUGGAGCAUUCGAGUUUAACUCGAGGAAAUCAAAGAACAGCAGCGGUAUAGUUUGAGCGAUCGCCCAAGCCCUCCUCGCUGCGCCGCCGCAAUCGCUGUUAUCCGAUCAGACGAGGGAGGA